GAUAACGCAUGCUAAUCAAUAAUCCCAAUACAAACAAAUGAAACGUAUCAAGGAAGUUAAAUACGAAAAAUAUAUAGAUUUAAGAAGUGAAUCAGUACGACUUGACAGUUUUGUGCUUGGAUUUACAAACUUAAAGGACUUCACAAUGCCUUCCAUUGUACUAGCCUUGGCACUGUCCAUCAGCCUAUUAGUAGAAUGUACAGAUAUACACGGGAAUGCAAUCAGGGAUACGGCAUUCGAGAGACAGCGUGAAAAUUUGCACUUGGCUACCAGAGGUUACAACAAGGGUUUGUCUGUACCUGCCAGAAGUAUUAACAGAAAAAACAACUUGAACAUAACACCAAGAAAUAACGUAUUCAAUGAGAAAAUUAAGACACUCAAAGAAACUGCUUGUAAAGUUAAAUUAGAACGCGAGAGCAUCACGAAAUUUAGACACCAGGUCUAUUAUUUGGAAGCAAAUUACGUUUAUCUACAUCUUGUACCAAAUGCAGGUGUAAAUAUCAUAGGGAGCAAGCUUAUUGUUGGCGAAAACCUCUGGGUGUGGACAUUUUAUGGAAAGGAAGGUGGUCUCGAGAUUUUGAACUGGCCUGUAGAAUUUGGGAUCUGGUCGAUGGGAUUGCUGUCUAGUUACGUCAUAAAAGAACCAAUGACGAUGAAACUGUCACAUGUAUCUGGAAACUGUUCAAACUUAAAAGUCGGAGAAAGGAGUAGUGACGAAGCUAUCAGCAAUGCAUUAGUAAAUCUAACCACAAUAAUGCUGCCGUUUGGAGAAAAAUACGGACCAAGUUUCUACUGUUAUAAAUCUAGAGUUUACAUUGAGCCACAUUUCGUUUACAUAUUGUGUAAGCAUAUUGUUUGUCCCAUUGAAGCCCUCAAGUACAACUGUUGUUCUUACUUUUAUAACACAAAAUUGCAGCACAGAGAGGUUAGCUGUAGAGAGGCUGAAUUUAGAUAUGACCCAAUAAACUGGAUUCUACCCACUGUAGUGUCUAUUUUGUUGUUUGGGUUUUGUCCGAUCUUUAUCCUAUACAUUAGUCACGUGGUAGCAGACGAAGGCAGAGGUCAUUUAAAGGGCACCUUGCAUAACGUUGUAGAAAACACCGGGGACGAAAGCAUUAGUACUAUGGAACGACUAGUUUUAUUGGACGAACACCAUCACGUGACUCUUUUCAAAACGCUUUGUUUGCCAGUCAAAAAUUGUUUCUUCAAUUCAUAUUCAAAGGCUUCAAUGCCUUGUCAGAUUAUUUUCAGCAGGGUUUGGCGAAUAUUUUUACCAUUUCUAAGUUUGGUUAUCAUAGGUUUGCAAGUUUGUCUGGAUUACUGGUACCUAUAUUCAUUUGUUCAAACAAGUAUUAAGAAAGGUGUUCCUUUGGGUUUCCGGUCUGUGUUAGCAGGGUAUAAAGAGAGUAAACUAAACUUUUUACCAUAUCUAGGAGGGCCUUUUGUUGCUGUUGGGAUAUAUAUCUUCAUAACUAGUGUAUUGCUGGUGAUCCCUGCCUCUGUGUCGGAACUACUUUUGAAAGGUCUCCAAAGCAACAAUGUAGAUGAAACAUAUUCGCCUUUGUGCAUGAGACUUAGAUCAAUCGAAAUGUUUGGUUCAAUAAGUAUCAGGAGAAGACAUGGAUACUUCAAAAUGUACAGUGUGUUUCUGGGGCAGUUCUUUAUGCUUCUCAAUAGUAAAUUCUGGAUGCACGUAGUUAACGUGCAAUAUGACCGUUGGAAGAAAUACUGUUGCUCGAAACUAUGCCUUUUGUUUAUACCGGUUUACAUCAUUGUUUGCAUCAUUGAAACAGCAUUUUGCGUAGGAAUAUAUGGUUAUCCCGUCAUUUCCUUUGCUUUAAUGAUCAUUAAAGCAUAUUGUGGCAAACUUUGGAAUCCGGAUGCAAAUCAGAAAUUUCCACUGAGAAUUUGUGUUUUUGUAUUUACUGUUGUUCUGAUAGUGUCUGUUAUAUAUUUCCUUUUUAUGUUUGGCACAAUUUUCAUGGAUGCCUGUCUGUUUUUAACCAGGGUAGUCGUUUUCACAUUCACUGGGAUAGUUAUUUACCCUAAAGUGUCCUACGGAUAUCUUAUUUUCACUUUCACCGUUUUCUAUUACAUCUGGGAAAGUAUUCAGGAGUAUUCUAACGUUUACCAACGUCUGCUCAAGGAUACAAUCGCUACAUGUGAGAGUUUACAGAGAGCCAAUGACUCGGAAAAACUUGUUAUGAGAAGCGGGGAUUACAAGGCGAUAAAAGAAUCGCUGUUUGAACACAUCAUUGAAAACCAUUUUCCUCGGCGGCAGCAAAUGUUCCUGUCAGUUCUGAAAGUCGGCGUGAUUCUAACCAUCUUGGGACUGUCUAUAAAUGUUCUCGUGGAAACCGAUGGAUUCCGUGAACUCCAUGUCAUAAUGCAUGUUGGUACAGCUCUAUUUGUUUGUGCUUUGCCGCAAAUUCUGAAAUCUAUGUGUCGAGAUCAUGGUGCGAAGUUUAAACAGAAACGAUUUCGGAGAGAACUUGCGGACACUAUUACAAGCUACACAGGCUAUCGUUCUGUUGAGUCCUCUGACAGCGAUCUAGAUUGAUAAAUAUUACUUUUGUCGCUGAGUAUUGGCGUGCAGUUAUUUGAUUUGUUCUUGACUUACAUGUCAUGAAAGUAAUUGGACGAUUGCUUAGGAUUCCAGCAAUAGAACAAUAGAUUCUCAACAGGAGUUCCCCUGUUAUAACAGACGGUGUUGAUUUUUUAGUUAACUUGUACAUGAGCCGCACCAUGAAAAACGAACAUAGUGCAUUUGCGACCAGCAUGGAUCCAGAUCAGCUUGCGCAUCGGCGCAGUCUCGGUUGCGCAGGCUAGUCUGGAUCCAUUCUGGUCGCAAAUGCACAAUGUUGAUUUUCUCAUGGUGCGGCUCAUAUAAAGAGUGGAUCAUAGAUAAUUGUAAUAUGUUACGUUAUUGAAGACAAACUAGCAUUUUUGAUCGAAAAUUUUUGACUCUCUAUAUGGUUUGAAAUAUGUGUCGACAAAUUUCAAAUCUUGGCAACAAUAACUAUUGAGUGCUGAUUAUAUAAUGUUAGAUAUAAUUUUUAAUAUGCAAGCAUUUAUACAUUAUCUGAUAUAUUGUAUAUAACUUGUAGCAUGCAAACAUUUUUCAUAAUAUGAUACUGUUGAUACAUUGUUAUAUGCAAAUUAUAUGAUAUUGUACAUAACUUGUAAUAUGCAAACAUUUUUUACAUUGUAUGAUACUGUUGAUAGCUUGUUAUAUGCAAAUAUUUUUACAUUAUAUGAUAUUGUACAUAACUUGUAAUAUGCACACAUUUUUUAAAUUGUAUGAUACUGUAUAUAACUUGUAAUAUGCAAACAUUUUUACAUUUAUAUGAUACUGUAAAUAACUUGUAAUAUGCAAACAUUUUUACAUUUAUAUGAUACUGUAUAUAAAUUGUAAUAUGCAAACAUUUUUACAUUACAUGAUACUGUAUAUAACUUGUAAUAUGCAAACAUUUUUAUGACGCGAAGUUUUAGUUAUUCUCAUAUUGUCGAUAUGACAAAGUUGGUUUUGAAGUUUAAAGUUUAUAAUGAUUUAUAUAAACUGUAAUAUGCAAUUCACUUAAAAAAUGACAAAAUUGUGAGCAGUUACACUCCCAUCAGCAUAUACUGGACAAAGAUAUUUGAAUUGCUUUCCUAUUGGCAUCAUGACAAUGAUGACUACUGACUGCAAAUUGUAUGAUAAUUAAUGUAUUCUUGAAAAGUGAUACAUUGUUAACAUUAUCCCAAAAACAACUUGACGAUGUUGAUGGACGGUUUGUAUAAUACAUUUAAUAUGAAAAGAUAUUGUACAUA